GUCGUUUACUUUUAAUUCCAACAAUACUUUAUCGAUAAAUGACUUAAAUUUUGUUGAGAAAGCAUGGGAUGAAUGGUUUAAGUCAUUUAAUAAUGAAUUAAUCGCUACAGCUAUAAUUUCUUUCCUUAUGCAUGAAAUUGUAUACUUUGGUCGCUGUUUGCCAUUUUGGAUUGCUGACUUUAUACCCAGCUUUCAAAAAUAUAAACUUCAACCUAAAGAAGUUAACACAGUAAAAAAACAAUGGAAAUGUAUGAAAUCUGUUUUAUUAGCACAUUUUUUUAUGGAACUUCCUCUUAUUUUCUCCUUCCAUCCCGUGGCCACACUUUUUGGAAUGGAGAUAACUACCGUACCUUUCCCACAUUGGCAUAAAAUUGCUUACCAAGUAGCAGCAUUUUUCGUCUUUGAAGAUACUUUUCAUUAUUGGUUCCAUCGUCUUUUACAUUAUGGUCCUUUUUAUAAAUAUAUUCAUAAGCAACAUCAUGAAUAUUCGGCACCUUUUGGUUUAACCGCAGAAUAUGCACAUCCAAUUGAAGUACUUAUUUUAGGUACAGGAACUAUUGGAGGUCCUCUUCUAUGGGUAGCUUUAACCAACGACCUUCAUUUAAUUACUGUUUUUAUAUGGAUCAGUCUACGUUUAUUCCAAACUAUUGAUGCCCAUUCUGGUUAUGAUUUUCCUUGGUCUCUUCGUCAUUUGCUUCCUUUCUGGGCGGGCGCUGAACAUCACGAUUAUCAUCAUAUGGCUUUUGUAAAUUGUUUUUCAACAUCAUUUAGAUGGUGGGAUCAUAUUAUGGGAACUGAUUUGAUAUUUAUCAUGACACAAUCGACACAAUUAUCUGGAAUCGAAAAGUAUGCUAAUUGGAGUAAGGAAGAAUUAAUUGUUAAACUUUUAAGUUAUGAAAACCAACAAACUGAUAAUGAACAAAUUAAUAAUGAACAAAUUGAUAAUGUAAAUGACCAAAUUGUUAAUGAAGAUAAUGAAUCGAUAAUUAGAACAGAAGUGAAUGUUUCUAAAAUACAAAAUUCGAUACCAAAGAAAAAGAAAAAAAGUCCUCGACCUUUUGAUAUGUCUAAAUAUUCUAAAAGACGAAUUGCAUUAAAAGUAGCAUAUUUUGGAUGGAAUUAUCAUGGAUUUGAAACAAAUGCUCCAAAUGAAAAAAUUCGUCCAACUAUAGAAGGACAAUUAUUUUCUGCACUCAAGCAAGCUAAAAUGAUAUCAGAUCCGGCAGAAUGUAAUUUUACAAAAUGUGGUAGAACUGAUAAAGGUGUGAGUUCAUUAGGACAAGUAGUAGCAUUUAAUGUUAGAUCAAAUCUUCCACAUGAUUCAUCAGAAGUUUUGCCUUCACAAAAUGUUGAGACUAAUGUUGAGACAAAUAUCGAAAUUAAUGAUGUUAAGACUAAAAUCGAAGAAAUUCCUUUUGUAGAAUCACUUAAUAAUUUACUGCCAGAUGAUAUAAGAAUAAUUGCUUGGACACCUGUAAAUCCUGAUUUUAGUGCAAGAUUUAAUUGUCGUUAUAGACAUUAUAAAUAUUUUUUCGUAAAGGGUAAUUUAGACAUAGAUUUAAUGCGAGAUGCGGCAAAUAGAUUUCUUGGAAUUCAUGAUUUUCGUAAUUUUUGUAAACUUGAUCCUUCCAAACAAAUUAAUAAUUUCAAUCGUAAUAUACUUCAAGUAAAAAUUGAAAAAGUACAACAAUCAUUCUCCUCUCAAUUUCCGGGAACCAAAGAAUUUUACGAAUUUAAUUUAAUUGCAAAUGCUUUUUUAUGGCAUCAAGUUCGAUGUAUGAUGGCAAUUUUAUUUUUAGUUGGUCAAAAAUUGGAAACACCUUCAAUUAUAGAUAAUCUUUUAGAUAUCACGAAAACACCAGCAAAACCUAAUUAUGAAAUGGCUAAUGAAUUACCAUUAAUAUUAUAUGAUUGUAAAUACGAUAAUAUAAUUAAAUGGCAAUAUGAUCUUAAUGUGACUUUAGAUGAAUUUGUUUUUUCAAAUAUUGACACAAAAAAAUAUAUUAUUACUGGUAGUGGAAAAGAAGUAAAAACACGAAAUUAUAUCAAAAUUGAAAAAAGACAAACAAAUGAACCAGUAGAAAUUAGAAAUCAAAAAUAUAAAGCAAAGAAAAUUAAAUUAGAACAAAAUAAAUAA